AAUUGUGCCAGUAGUCACAAAGAUUGCUUAGAUUGAAAAGCUAUCAUUUCAUCUGUCAAAAUUGUGUAUAGUUUUCGUCAUGAAUUGUCCGCGAACAUCGCCGGAAUCAUCUUCCUCAGAAUCGAUAGUUUGCCUCUUGAGUGCCCAUCGGAAAGCUUUGAACAAUGCAUCCCGCAACUGUGCACCGGCACGAGAUUUGGACGAGUUCAGCUCGAAGCUACAAGAGAAAGGCAAAACUCACGCAAAAUCCGAUCUGAGCAUUACUUCCAGCAGUUGCGUCACAUUCGAACCGCACCGAAUUUAUACCAUCGAGGAAGUCACCGAAGAAUCACAAGUAUCGGUCCGAAAAACACAACUCAUCGCAUCAAGCGCCGAGGAACUUAGGGAACGUGUCGAUCGACUGAAGCGCUUAUCCGCUGCGGCAAGGAAUGCAAAACGUCCGGAAAGUCGAAGAGGAUCGCAGACGAAACCACAAUCCGCGCAAAUAUCAGCCCGAGUUAUGUACCAUGAGGAAAUUGUACAGAAGUUCGAGAUCAUCGAUCGAUUUCUGAAGGAUCAAAUGGAACUGAAGCAAGACUCCGUUAGUAGUGAUUUGUCCGUUCGACGGCGGUACACGCGAUCAAAGUCAUCUCCCGAUCAGAACCGCAUGAUACGGAGUCUUUGCUGCGGUUGUAUUGCGGGGAACUAGAUUCGAAGGUUUAUAAAUUUUAGAAUUUUUUUAGUGGUAUAAUUUUUGUCUGUUUGUUCUAUCUCGUUGUCUAUGAAAUGAAAUGAAAUGAAAAU